UCACGCCGGAGUAAUGUCAUUGAGCCAUUCAAGCAGGAUGAAGAAGCGUCUAAGGGCUUCUUGUGAUCCCUGCAGAGUUCAAAAACUCGCAUGCGAUCAUGUGCAGCCAGUCUGCUCUCGCUGUGAGCGAAAGGGGAACGCUGCUGCAUGUUUCUAUCGCGAGAACCCCUUCAAGCGCUCGAGGCCUUCAGUCGCUUCUCAGUCGCCGAGGAGCCAGGUGCUGUCUCCUCCAACCGUGCCCUUAUCCUCUCCAGCACAAGCCCGGCUAUAUCCCAACCCAGGCUUCCUCGGGUCGUCGUCUUUUGAGGCGGUCGUACACGAACUUAAUGAUGAGAAUCAACAAUGCAUAACUGCACCUCUAGGCUCUGAAAACACAAGUCUAGCCAGAGAAGUUGCCCGAUCCACCGCUCAAUUCACCCAGGAUCUUCAACGAAUACAAAAUGGGGCAGACGUGCUAACCCUUGCCUUAAACCUACGGAAGCUUAAUGCGACGAAAAUACUAUUUUCCGAAUGGGGAGGUCACAGCAGUGACCAGUUUCUAGGUUCCACAUGUGCAACUCUCUUCCAAGAGUCUUUCUCCGCCGAUAUGGCUGAGAUUGAGCAAAGCACCGAUCAAGUGAAUGGCGUCCUUUCCAUGUCUCGCAGGUUGUUUGAUAAUAGCACCAAGCCCUUCGACAUUAGUGAUUCAAUGAGUGUGAAGGAAUUCUAUUCUCUCUACACCGCAUCAAACUUGCGCUGGGAGACCAUUGGUAUAAUAAUAACAUUCAUUGGGAUGAUCGCGAUAGAAAACAGACACUGGCAAUCAAUCGAUUCCACAGAGGUAGAACGACAGCGCCUCAUUUCAAAACUGGUUGAGGCAAGCGAUACCUGCCUGCUAUUUUGCGAGACCUUCGACAACCUAAACGACAUGCACAUCACGCUGCUUCAUCUCAACUUCCUUCUACAUUCCAUGUUCGAUGGAGACCAAAGUUUCAAGACGUGGCGCCGGUUGCACGAUGCCAUCAGUGCGUUAUUUGCGCUUGGUCUCCACGAAGAGCUCGUCGAAGGCCCCAAAACACCCUUUUUUGUGGUCCAACUCCGAAAACGCAUAUUUGCGAGGAUAUAUGGAGCGGAUAUAAGCUUCGCGACGUUUUUAGGCCGCCCGCCGAGAAUAAGCAAACGCUUCUGCUGUAUUCACGUUCCGCUUGAUCUGGAAGAGGAAGUAUAUGAGUACGGAAGAGAAGAAAUAAUCACUGAGAUGCAGCAGAUUGACAGCAAUGGUUGGAAUACCAAAGGAGAGAUUAGGAAACAUGCGGGUCGACGAUGGUCAAUGAUACUCGCAACAAUUACAGAGGAUAUUUUAGAAGUCCUGCUAGGUCGGCACCCGACAAACGUGCCCGAUACUAUAUCCAGGAUUAGAGUAGAGUGUGAAGCGGCUUGGGAUUCUCUACCAGCCAUGCUCAAGAGUCCGAGAGAAUCUUUAUGGCACAGCGGCUAUUCACCCAAACAGCUUGAUACUCUGAUCUUAGUCAAGCUCUUCUACCUUCAUACUUUAUUCCUGGCGGAGAGAGCUCUUUCACGUCAUACUCGGGAGAUCAGUUUGGGCUCCCUGUCAACUGCCUAUGAGAUGCUUUGCUGGGUGAAUGAUGCAAUGAUACGGAGAGACAGGUUAUCAACAUUUGCGCACACUUCGUUAGCUUGGAGAGUAGCAUCUUUUGCUCUCCCCGCCGCCGGUGUCCUUGCGCUGAAUCUUCUGCGCCACGCCAGCAAUAGUUUCCUUCAACGACAUGAAGCUGUGUCCCGAAUGCAGAUUAUAGAAGGGCUUUCCGUACUCACAGCACACCUCGAUGUUUUGUUUGAGCCCGGUGAUGGGAAUUAUCAGCUAUUCUGUGAGGCUAAACGUGUACUACAGUCAAUCCUAGAGAUCGCGAUCACGCCAGCUGCGCAGAGGCAGGUUGAUGGCCCCUUUUCUGAUUCUGCUGUGGGAUUCAGUGAGGCGGACUGGGAAAGUUUUGACCAGUGGGGAUUCGAUAGCGAUUUCUGGUCAAAUCUUGGGGAUCACCCGCUGCUCGCUUCUGAGAUGUACGAUGGGUAGAAUGAAUGGAAAGAGGCUAGAUGGCUUUGUUGUGUUGAUAUCUGUGCUGUUUCGUUUACGCUGAAAAUUGGUUGAAGUAUGUGAGAAAUACGCUCAGCUUUAAUAAUAGUUAUAAUACCCACUAUUAUUAUAUAUUGUUGAUAUUUAUUUUUUACCUGCAUUCUAAUUUUUUUUAGUUAGAGGCAAGAUAGAAUUAAACUUGAUCUAUUCAACUGCUUCACUAAACUGCUUACAGCUGCUACGGGGUG